ACCAACCGGCAGACGAAGAUGAGCCAUUAUCCAACCUUCAGGAAGCGAAGAUUCUCUUGAGAGAACUGAAAGCCGAGGAAGAAAGAAUGACCGAAAACAACGAUGACAUGUCCGUACUUGCCGAGAAAAGAACUUCUGCGUUGGUCGGAAGCGAAAGCCGUGGGUACAUCAGCCUGGGUUGCUGGAAGGACACAGGCAACCGCGCCAUUCCGACGCUCGAAGGGUCAGAUCCGCGCCUAGAUGGCACAUACGCGGCACGACCCAACGCUGUAGAGAAGUGUUACCAGGUAGCACGUUCUCGUGGUUUCCCCAUGUUUGCUGUACAGCAUGGCGGCUGGUGUGCUGGGUCUGCUAAUGGGCUCAGCACCUACAAGAAGUACGGGCCUUCCACAACCUGUGCAGCGGACGGCAAAGGCGGGCCUUGGGGGAAUCAGGUCUACAAGAUUACAGAAACGAGGUGGGAGUCCAUCGCUGGACGGCUUAAGUUCGUAUCAGUUGGGUCCAACGGCGUCUGGGGAGUGAACGGCAACGAUGACAUCUAUUACCGCGCUGACACGUUUGAAAAUGCAGCGUCUUCGGGCAGCGGUUGGGUGCACAUCGGGGGUAAACUGAAGCAGAUCUCAUCAGGACACUCAGUUUGGGGUGUCAAUGCCAACGACGACAUCUACAUACGACAAGGCAUAUCAUCCAGUAACCCUACAGGGACCGGAUGGCACAGGGUUGGAGGGAAGCUCAAACAACUGGACGUCAGCUCGACCGCAAAGCAGCUGUGGGGCGUCAACAAUGGAGACAACAUCUACCGGCGGACAGGGAUCACUACAGCGGAACCAAAAGGUACAGGAUGGCAACCUAUUUCCGGCAGGCUGAAGUUCGUGUCUGUUGGUCCUGCCGGCGUGUGGGGGGUGAACAGAAAUGACGACAUCUUCUACCGUACGGGAACCUUCGGGAACGAGGCGUCUGCAGGCAGCGGUUGGGAGCACAUCGCCGGGAAACUGAAGCAGAUCUCGUCAGGGGACAACAUUGUUUGGGGAGUCAACGCCAACGACAAUAUCUACGUUAGAGAAGGAAUAAGCUCGAGCAACCCUGCGGGAACUGGCUGGCGUCAGAUCCCAGGGAAACUGAAGCAGGUCGAGGCCAAUCCAAGCGGCAGCCAGGCGUGGGGUGUCAACUCUGCAGACAGCAUAUACCAACGUGCCGGCACCGUGUCAACAUGCUUACCAGCCGAACAUUGCGACUGGCAGCCUGUCUUCCGAAUCUUACCCGGAGUUGGAGGUGAGAAAGUGAGAGACGUUUGGACCGCUGGCUUCACCAGAGACUUCGGGUCCGACCCUUUGCUCUUCCCUGCAGCUCACUGGAAAAGUCCGCUGGUCGAUGAGUGGGGAACCCUUGGCGUUCAGCUGGUGAAGGUGUCCCUGUACUCGUACAGCCAGGGACUUACCGAAGUGCGCGAGUUGAUCUUUAACGGUAAAGGCAGCGACAAGAUGAACUGGUUCUCCCAGGAUCGACUCAUUUCAUCUCCAUGGACCGACCUGAAAACAGAAACAACCAACCUGUUCUCGAUCCCAGGUGAAGUGGUGAAUCCCAAAGCUCCAAGGAGUUUCUUCAUCAACCGAAACUAUGGCGGCUGUCCCAAUGACGCCGGUUGGCUGGCGGUGGUGGAAGGCGGUACCGUGUGUGAGUGGGAGACACGUGAUCAGCCCGGUCCACACAUCCUGUUCUCACGGAAAUCAACUCACGUCAACUGGACUACAGGUGGCAAUGACGUGGGGUCUGCCGACGUCAUGGUGGUCUCCAUUAAGACCUGUGGUCACGUGACGGAAUCAGGUGAGUAGCACUCAUCAUCGUCAUCAUCAUGAGGACGAGGCAGCCAGCAUCGAUGCCUAAAAUUCGAGGAUAGAACCUCCGUGGGUCAACCAUGUCCCAUUCUGUUUAUUGUUUGAGGGCAAAAACACCAUACUUUUUCAAUAAAUGGACAAUUCUGACA